UUGGCAAAUUUAAACGUGGAUGAAACAAGUACACAUUUUAUCGCUAUAUAAGGGAGUCAUGUUACCAUUUAAACUGCGUCACAAAUAUUUCAAUUAAAAGCGUAUAUUCUCCAUGAAUCAUUCAGUUGUUAAGGCCAUUCUUCUUUGUCUAUUUUCUCGUAUAUUUUUAUGUAGCGGGGUGGAAGCAAUAACUCUGUCAGAAAAUGUCUCUGUGUCAGCGGUCUUAGCAUUCGGAGACUCUUUCGUUGAUCAAGGGAAUAAUAACUAUAUCGUUACUUUGGGCAAGGCUAAUUUCCUUCCUUAUGGACAGGAUUUUGAGGGUGGAAAGCCAACGGGAAGAUUCUCCAAUGGGAGAACAAUAGCUGAUAUUCUCACCGAGGCAUUGGGAGUGAAGGAGUAUCUUCCAGCAUAUUUAGACCCUUCCCUACAAGAAGAAGAUUUUCGUUCAGGUGUAAGUUUUGCUUCUGGUGGUUGUGGCUAUGAUGAUUUAACAAACACAUUAUCGGGUGCUAUACCACUAUCAGAUCAAUUGGACAACUUCAAAGAAUACAUUGGGGAGCUCAAGAGGAAUAUCGGGGACGAAGGUGCCCAGAAAUUAAUCACCAACAGUGUAUUUUUGGUAGUAAUAAGCACCAACGAUCUGAUUAUUUCCCUUCCCAUCAGAAGCUUAUUUGAAAUUGAUGUCCCUGCAUAUCUUAACCAGCUGGUAAAAUCAGCCUUGGAUUUUGUACAGGAAUUAUACGAACUUGGAGCAAGAAAGAUAGCUUUCUUUAGUGCACCCCCGGUUGGCUGUUUUCCCGCUGUCAGAACUAUAGCUGGAGGUGAACUUAGAACCUGCAAAGACGAGGAAAAUGAGGCAGCACAAUCGUACAACAACAUGCUAAAACAACAGCUCGAAGUUCUUGCAAGCAGUCUUCCUCAAUCCAGGGUGGCCUUCGUAGAUUUCUACAAUCCUCUGAUAAGCAUCAUUGAAAACCCUAACCAAUACGGUAUUGAUUAG